AGCCGCAAGGUCGCGGUAAUGGCGGAGGCCGCGUCCCUGGCGGGCGAGGACCUGGUGGGUACCAGCAGCCGCUGGCGCCCGCUCGCGUCGAUGCGGGAGACCGUGGGCCGGCCGCUCCCCGUGCGGUCCCCGCGGCGUCCACGAGUUCCGCGCCUGCGUCGGCGGCAGCGUCUGCCCAUGCUCUCGCAAGGGACCUGGGCAGGAUGACCGUGAUGGUACCCGCUGCUCACCCCGCUGCGCCAUCCGCGGCGAUCCCGGCUCCUGCUGCCACGGCGACCCCCGCUCCUGGCGCCCCUGCUCCUGCCGCGGCGACCCCUGCUCCUCCUCCACAAGCGUCCGCCGCGGUGGGGGCUGGAUCUCAACCGGCUCUUCCAGCGGCUGCUCCGGUGUCAAGCAAGGCGCUGAUGCCACCGGCGCGUCCUGGAUUCGGCAGAGCGGGCCAGAAGAUCACCGUGCGCGCGAACCACUUCCUCGUCCGCGUGGCCGACAAGGACGUUUGCCACUACGAUGUCGCCAUCAAUCCCGAGCCGAAGGCGAGACGGAUCAACAGGGUUCUGAUGUCGGAGCUCCUGAACAUCCAUCGUGCAUCGUCUCUCGGUGGCCUACUGGUCGCUUAUGAUGGUAGCAAGAGCCUCUACACUGCAGGCGAGCUGCCUUUCAAGGUGAUGGAUUUCUCCAUCAAGCUGGGCAAAGAACGCAGAGAAAUUGAGUACAAGGUCACAAUUCGAUUUGCUGCACGGGCAAACUUGUACCACCUACAGCAGUUCCUCAGUGGUCGUCAAAGGGACUGCCCACAGGACACCAUACAAGCGCUGGACGUUGCGCUGAGGGAGACACCUUCUCAGAACUAUGCCACUUUUUCUCGAUCGUUCUUCUCCUCCAAUUUUGGCCAAAGCGACAUUGGUGAUGGGCUGGAGUGUUGGAAGGGUUAUUAUCAGAGCUUGAGGCCCACUCAAAUGGGCCUCUCAUUGAAUAUAGACACAUCCUCAACGUCAUUCUAUAAGGCAAUCUCGGUGAUAAAAUAUGUUCAAGCGUGUCUACCGAAUGCCGACACUAGACGUCCUCUUUCUGACAGGGACCGUCUGAAGAUUAAGAAAGCACUGCGGGGAGUUCGUGUUGAAACCACACACCAACAGGGCAAACGGAGUUCCUACAAGAUAACUGGGAUUACUUCUGUCCCACUGAUUCAGCUCAACUUUUCUCUGGAUGAAGGCACCCAGAUGACUGUUGCACAAUAUUUUCUGGAACGAUACAAGUAUAGACUGGAGUUCACAUCUUGGCCAUGUCUGCAGUCGGGCAAUGAUUCUCGUCCUAUAUAUUUGCCAAUGGAGGUAUGCACAAUUAUAGAAGGCCAAAGAUUCACUAGGAAGCUUAAUGAGAAACAAGUGACUGGCAUACUGCGAGCAACAUGUCAGCGUCCCCAGCUUAGGGAAGAGAAUAUACGUAAGAUGGUUGAAAGCAACAACUAUGCAGCCGAUAGGAUGGCCCGGGAGUUUGGGAUCGAUGUUGCCAAUCAAAUGGUCAAUGUGCACGCCCGCGUGCUGCCUCCACCCACGCUGAAAUAUCAUGAAUCUGGAAAGGACAAAGCUUGUGCACCCAGUGUUGGCCAAUGGAAUAUGAUCAAUAAGAAAAUGGUUAAUGGAGCAAACGUUCAGAGAUGGACUUGUUUAAACUUCUCACGCAUGCACAUUGAUGGGGUGCGUAUGUUUUGUGACGACCUAGUCCGUAUGUGCAACGCCAUUGGCAUGGUUGUCAAUGUAAAGCCCGUGGAUAAAGUUUGCUCAGCUUCUGCUAACAACAUAGAAGGUGCUUUGAAAGAUGUUCACAAAAUGUUUCCUGAUCUUCAGUUGCUUAUUGUGAUUCUCCCAGAUGUUACUGGUCAUUAUGGGAAAGUUAAGAAGGUGUGCGAGACUGACCUUGGGAUAGUAACCCAAUGCCUUAAACCAGGCAAGGUCUACAAUGCUAAAAAGCAAUAUUUUGAAAAUGUUGCACUUAAGAUCAAUGUCAAGGCUGGAGGGAGAAAUACAGCUCUUCAGCAAGCUCUUUCGCGUCAAACACCCUUAGUCUCCGAUAGACCAACAAUCAUUUUUGGUGCUGAUGUAACACAUCCUGCAGCAGGGGAGGAUUCCUCGGCAUCGAUUGCAGCUGUGGUGGCCUCUAUGGACUGGCCUGAAAUCACGAAGUACAAAGCUGUGGUCUCAGCGCAACCACCGAGGCAGGAGAUUAUUCAAGAACUCUUUUGGACUGGUAAAGAUCCAGAGAAGGGCACCCCUGUGCACGGUGGUAUGAUCAGGGAACUACUGAUUUCAUUCCUUAAGAAGACCAAUUUUAAGCCUCAGAGGAUAAUAUUCUACAGGGAUGGUGUGAGCGAAGGGCAGUUCGCUCAAGUUCUGUUACAUGAAAUGGAUGCCAUCAGAAAGGCUUGUGCAUCUUUGCAGGAGGAUUAUAUGCCCCCAGUGACAUUUGUGGUAGUCCAGAAAAGACACCACACAAGGCUCUUCCCUGAGGUGCACGGAAAGCAGUGUGACAAAAGUGGAAACAUCCUUGCUGGAACCGUGGUUGACACCAACGUUUGCCAUCCUACCGAGUUUGAUUUCUACCUGUGUAGCCAUGCCGGAAUUCAGGGCACAAGCAGACCAACGCACUACCAUGUGCUCUUUGAUGAAAACCAUUUCUCUGCCGAUGAGUUGCAGUUGCUCACCAACAAUCUGUGCUACACAUACGCAAGGUGCACUCGCUCUGUCUCAGUUGUUCCGCCUGCCUACUACGCUCACCUGGCGGCGUUCCGUGCUCGGUACUACGACGAGCAAAUGGAGGGUUCCGACGGCGGGUCGGUCGUCAGCGGUGGCAGCAGGGCAUCAGCCGCCACCGGCGCAGGAGCUGCUGGCGCUCCCGCGGCGUUCCGCCAACUCCCCCAGAUCAAGGACAAAGUCAAGGACGUGAUGUUCUACUGCUGAAUUGAUCAUGGCUGCUGGCAAGUCCUCCGUGGGAGUGUGGUUUGGUUAGAAAUUUCGGUGCUACUUCCGUUUGGAACUUGUGGUGAAUUGUGAUGUUGCUGUUGGUAAAAUUGCGAACUGCCAUGCUGACGUGGUUUUGCGUUUAUCUGAGAGGUUCGGUGAUUUUUGUUUAGGUUCGCUCUGAAAUAUGCUUGCUUGCAGA